AUGGAUACAAACGAAACAUUAGCCAAAAUGGAUGUCGAUGAACGUCGUGCACGAAAGAUGAUGACUUUAACUCGUCGUGAAGAUGAACGCAGAACAAUUGAACAAGUAAACAAAGAAGAACGAAAACAGAUAACAUCAACAGAUGCUGGUAGAAAAAAUUUUGAUGUUCAAUAUCCAGAAAUGAAAAAUACAUUAGAAAAAAUGUUAGAAAAAAUUCGUUUAUCAGAUGAAAAGAUUAAUGAUCAAUCAUCAUUAACAACAUCAUCUACCACCCAUAACGAAUUGCAACAAAAAGAAUUUCAAGGUAUAGCAGAUAAAAUACAAAAUAUGGAAAAAUUCAUAAAUGAGCAUAUUGAUAUAUUACGUACUCGAGACGUUGCCAAUGCUCAAUCAGAUGUAACGAAAUAUCGUGAACAAUUAAAUUUACUAUGUGAUCGUACAGUAACGAAUAAAAAAUUCGGUUUUACAGGAAAUCGUUCACCAUCGGACAAUUCCGUACCGUUAUCGAAAGAAACUGGUACAAUAAAAUUUAUGAAUGGUGGUUUAAAAGCAGUGGAUAAAGAUGUUGAUACAAAUAAACAAAUAUCAACAACAGACACAACAAAAGGAAUCACAUCAGUAAAUACUGUCAAUAUAUCGAAUAAACAUGGUGAAUUUAUACAAUAUGAAAAUGAUGAUUUAAAUGGUAAAGAUGUUGCCAUUGAAAAUUUAGAUCAAUGUGAAAUAUUUUUGAAAGGUUAUCCAUCAUCAUUACAAAUAAAAAAUUUAAAAUCCUGUAUAUUAAUUGUUGGUCCAUGUUCACGAUCGAUAUUAAUUGAACAAUGUAAACAAUGUGAAUUUGCUUUUGCAUGUCAACAAUUACGUAUACAUACAACAUAUGAAUGUGAUUUUUAUGUUCAUAUAACAGCUAAAACAAUUAUUGAAAAUUGUUCAUCAUGCCGUUUUGCACCCUAUAAUGUUUAUUAUGAAAAUAAACAAAAUGAUGUAAAAAAAAGUGGUCUUAUAUGGGAUAGAGACUAUUGGAAUGAUAUUGUCGAUUUUAAUUGGUUAACACCUGGAAUACAAUCACCAAAUUGGGAAACAAUUAUUGAAGAUGAAAGAAAAGAAUGGUCAUUAGAUGCGACAUCUUAA